AUGGCCGCACCGUCCCAGACCGCACAAUCUUCUGCGGCAGAAUCUCAUCUGGCCGUCACUCAGAGUCGAGAAGCGGCCCCUUCAACCAGUUUAUGGAGGGCCCUACGUGAAUUCGUCAAGGCGAACUAUGGACUGUCGCUCGUCGCUUCAGCUCAAAUUUUCUUCGCUCUUAUGAACGUCGGGGUCAAGACGCUGAACACUUUAGAUCCCCCUGUUCCCCCGAUUGAACUCGUCUUCGUGCGGAUGGCAGUCACCUGGGCAUGUUGUCUGCUUUACAUGUACUGCAUGGGCAUUGCAGACCCUUUUCUCGGACCUAAAGGCGUACGGCUCCUCCUCGUACAGCGAGGGAUCUUUGGGUUCAUCGGCCUGUUCAGCCUUUACUAUUCGUUGCAAUAUCUAUCGCUUUCGGAUGCAACCGUACUCCAGUUCCUGUCACCGAUGUUCACUGCGUUAGCCAGUGCCAUCUUCUUGCGCGAGCAUUUCUCGGUGCGCAAUGCCCUUGCUGGUCUCGCGAGCUUGAUUGGCGUCGUCCUGAUCGCCAGACCAGCAUUCCUGUUUGGCAACAUAGACAGCACCAUUCCUACUAUCCCUGGCGAGGGGGAUGCCCCUGAAGUGUCACCAGCGCAACGCUUACUCGCUGUAGGGCUUGCACUCAUCGGUGCCCUCGGAGCGGCCGGCGCAUAUACGACGAUCCGCUACAUCGGCUCGCGCGCGCACACCCUUCACAACAUGGUUGCGUUCUCGUCGCUCUGCGUAAUCCUCACGACGUUCGUGAUGCUCGUCACUCAAACACCGGUAGUCGUGCCCUUGCGCUGGGACUGGCUGGCCAUCCUGCUCUUCAUCGGACUCGCGGGCUUCGUCGCUCAGACGCUGCUCACCAUGGGCCUGCAACGCGAGGCAGCGGGACGGGGCACGAUCGCAGUCUACGGCCAGAUCGUCUUCGCGACUGCGUUCGAGUUCGCCUUCUUCCACACAGUCCCGCCGCCUCUGUCUAUUGUCGGAACCGUGAUCAUAAUAGGCUCCGCCCUCUACGUUGCCCUAUCCAAGAAGAGCACUCAUGCGAUCAAGGGCACGGUCACUUCACGGGACGAUCCGGCAGUCGAAGACGGGCUUCUCGCGAACCACGAGGAGGAGUCUGGAGAUAUCGAUGACACCCGGCACUAG